AUGGCUAAGGUGCUGCAGGCGAAUCUACAACGGUGCAGGACAUCGUUGGAUCUACUUCUGGCGCGGAGACAAGACUGCAAAAUGGAUAUUGUUCUGGUUUCGGAGCAAUACCAUUCAGCGUCCGGACCAAAUUGGUUCUGUGACCCUUCGAGGACAGCGGCAAUUUGGAUUCCGGACCUAGGGUCUGUUUCCGUGAAGGACAGUGGAUCCAGGGAUGGUAUUGUAUGGGUAGUUACGCCUGCGAUCACCUUCGUGUCGUGCUAUUUUACUCCUAACGAGCCUAUCGCUGACUUCCGAAAGAGGGUUAAUGAACUCGAAAGAGUCGUUCACAAUCUUGAGGGAGAAAUCGUGAUAAGUGGUGAUUUCAAUGCGAAAUCCAUCGAUUGGGGGAUGGAAUGGACCGACACGCGCGGCACUGAGCUCUUGGACAUGAUGGCAGGUCUCGAUCUUGUCAUUGUGAAUAAGGGAAACACUGCAACUUUCCGCAGGGUAGGCACACGUGGGUCAAUAAUUGACCUCACAUUUGCAACUCAACGGAUAGCUGCGGUGAUCUCGGACUGGGCUGUUUUGGAGGAGUUUACGGCUAGCGAUCAUCAAUACAUCUCGUAUACGGUACAUGAUCUACGGGGAAACCCUGCGAUUGUGUCCCAGCGAUCAAUGAAGCGGGUAGGUUGGAGGGUUUCGAAGCUGGAUGAGGGUGCUUUACAAAAGCCAGUCUCAGACAGCGCUGAGGCCUUCUCUCCUAUGGCUGCUGAGACGCGCGAAGAUGUUGAGAUGAUUGUUGACCGUACGAUGAAGGCUAUCGUCUUAGGCUGCGACGCUGCGAUGCCUCGACGUUCCGUAAGCUCACGCAGGAAGCCAGCUUACUGGUGGACUGAUGAGAUCGCGCUGCUCAGGGCUGAAUGUUUGCGGCUUUGGAGGCAAGCACUCAGGAUGCGAAAGCGUGAUACUGGGCAGCAGAAGAACGAUGAGUAUAAAGCGGCGAAUAAGCGGCUGGUUAUGACGAUCAAGGAAAGCAAAGGGAGAUGUUGGAAAGCGGUAUGCGAAGAAGUAGAUAAUGAUCUAUGGGGCCUUGGCUACCAGAUUGUUACUCGAAAGUUCCUAGGUCGCAGUCCAGUAUCACCUAUGGAACCUGGUGCGAUGCAGGAAAUAGUCAGUGUCCUGUUUCCAGAGCGUGAAGACCAAUCUGGACUAUAUCCGAUGACGAGUGUCCACCUUUCUCAGCAGCAGAACUGCUGGUGGUUGUAA